AUGACUCAAGAUGAAACAUGGAAAUUCUCCCAAUGCUUUGGAGACAAGGGAGAUAUAGAAAACAUUACUGAAGCAGACAUCAUAUCUACUGUUGAAUUUGAUAGUACUGGUGAUUUUCUAGCUACUGGUGAUAAAGGUGGUAGAGUUGUACUAUUUGAAAGAAGUCACAAUAAAAAGAAACAAGGUUGUGAAUACAAGUUUUUCACCGAGUUUCAGAGUCAUGAUGCGGAAUUUGAUUAUUUGAAAUCAUUGGAGAUCGAAGAAACGAUAAAUAAAAUUAAAUGGUUGAAAAGUGGUACUGAUGCAUUAUAUCUUUUAUCAACUAAUGAUAAAACAAUCAAAUUAUGGAAGAUUCAAGAGAGACAAAUCAAAUUGGUAUCGGCAAAUAAUCUUAAUGGGCUGAAUCAUUUCCCCAAUGAAAGUGGUGGUGGGGGAGCUAUUGGUAGUAUAUCAGCAUUGAAAUUACCACAAUUGGAAUUACAUGAUAAAUUAAUAUCAGCCCAACCUAAAAAGAUUUAUUCAAAUGCUCACGCAUAUCAUAUAAAUUCCAUAUCAGUCAAUUCUGAUCAAGAAACAUUUAUAAGUGCUGAUGAUUUAAGAAUAAAUUUAUGGAAUUUAGGUAUAGCAGAUCAAUCAUUUAAUAUUGUUGAUAUCAAACCAACAAAUAUGGAAGAAUUGACUGAAGUUAUCACUAGUGCUAAAUUCCAUCCCACACAAUGUAAUUUAUUCAUGUACAGUUCAUCAAAGGGUACGAUAAAGUUGUCGGAUAUGAGAUCUAAUUCAUUAUGUGAUACUCAUGCCAAGAUUUUUGAAGAAUAUUCUGAUCCAUCAUCACAUAAUUUUUUCACUGAGAUUACCAGUUCUAUUUCAGACGUUGAAUUUAGUGCCAAUGGUCGAUACAUUGCGUCAAGAGAUUAUAUGACGGUGAAAAUUUGGGAUUUAGCAAUGGAAAAUAAACCAGUCAAGACAAUCAAUGUUCAUGAACAUUUAAGAGAUCGGUUAUGCGAUACUUAUGAAAACGAUUCUGUGUUUGAUAAGUUUGAAGUUCAAUUUAGUGGUGAUAGUAGAUCUGUAAUGACUGGUUCAUACAAUAACAAAUUUAUGAUUUAUCCCAAUGUUACUUCGGGUGAAGAUAGCAAGACUUUUAGGGCAUCUUCGUCGAAAUCGAAGAAGAAGAGUAAAGGAGAACGAGCUGGUGGUGAUGAAGAUGGGGUAGAUAAUGAUGACGACGAUGACGACGACGAAGAAGAAGAUAAUGACGAUGAAUUUGAUCAAUUGGAUUCUCCACCCAACAAUAAAAACUCCCCCAUUUCACAAUUGGAAGAUGAAGAUGAUCAAGAUGAAAUUAUAUUACAGGCUGAUAAAUCCGCAUUUAAAUCCAAGAAAACUGGUCAUCAUUCAUCAAGAAGGAGAAUGAUGAGUGGUGGGGUAUCUAAUCUUGGUCGUGAUUAUGAUGAUAUUGACUUUAAAAAGAAUAUCUUGCAUUUAUCAUGGCAUCCAAAGGAGAAUUCAGUAGCUAUUGCUGCAACUAACAAUUUAUACAUCUUUUCUACUCUAUAG